AUGACAGAAGACCAAGAGUUGAUGGCUAAGAUCAGCCAGCUAGCUGGCCAGAUCAACAGGCACAAAAACCAAACACCCCAGGCACAGGCACAAGCACAUCAUGAUAGCGAGCUUCAUGCUGGUCCGUACGUGUCACGGCACACCCGCGCGCGUGCGGGAUGGGCGCCGUAUCGCGGACGACCAUAUGGACGCGGACGUCCUGCAGCUCCUCAUCGCCACCGUACUCUCGUCCUCAAUAACGCGAACUCAGGGAACUCUGCCAAUCCAACACCCGGACCAACGAACGAGAAUAGCGAAUCGCGAUCGGCGACCCCGAACGGCUGGGUAGCGAAACGCGACCGUCAUAUGCAGCUGAUCAACUCGGCUAUUUACGAUAAGGAAGCACAGGCCAGAGCGAAGGCGAUGGAGCAGACGCGCAAAGCCAAAGCCGAGAAAAAGGCCCGGAUUGAGCAAGCCAAAGUUCUCCGUUACGCGCAGGGCUUUGGCAGACCUCACCAUGCUACUUCUGUUGCUCCUCAGGUUUCUGCCACCACCCAACCCCACGGUGAAUACCAGGUCUAUCUGAAUGAUAUUCCUUUCAGAAUUGCAAAAGGCGGCAGUAAACUGGUUCGCGUAUCUGGUGGGGAUCCCUUCUGUGCUGCCACGGGCAAAAGAACUGGCUUACCUUUAGUAGACGACCCGAAUACUGCCAACAUCACACCAAAGAAAGUAACGGUUGCUGGUGUCACUUUUGUCAGGAGCAAGAACGGAAACCUUCACAGACUCGGAGCGAAAACCGACGGCAGUCAAGAAGAGAAACGAGCUUUGCAAACGAUUUACUUCGACGGGUACCAGCACUUCCCCAACCAGGCUUCCGCCCCUUCUUUUAUUAUCUUCCGCAAUCUUACCUUCUCUCACUUGUUCACGGUGCCUGUUACAAAGGACCAUCAUGUCCCUUCAUUCACGAUCCGAACAAAGUCGCCAUUUGCAAGGAGUUUCUGCAGACUGGUAACUGCAGCGCUGGUCAAAAUUGCGACUUAUCACAUGAGCCAUCGCCCCACAGGUCCCCUAGAUUUUGCAAACCUAGGAUAUUGUGACAAGGGCGCUGAAUGUGAGGAACGACAUGUUCACGAAUGCCCAGAUUAUGCCGCCACCGGCGUCUGCAACAAGAAACGCUGUCGUCUGCCCCAUGUCGACCGGGCUGGACAAAUUCGAAAGAAUGCUGCGAGUAAAGCAGAUGUCGCGGACGAGGAAGAGUCUGACGAGUCAAGCGAGGAAGAAGAGUACGACGCCAUCGACUCCGAUGACGUUGACUCUGACGACCUCGAUGAUGAGCCUGAAUUCGUUGAAGGAGCUGACAAUGGCGAGCAGGAGCUCUUCCAGCAACACGAUUUCAUCCGCUUCUAA